AUGUUCUGUUCGCGUCUUCUCGGGAUUUUUACGCUUUUUUUGUCGACUUUAGCCUCGAAAGCCACCCUUAAAGACACCACUCUUCACCAUUUAGAGCACUUGAACCUUCAGCACGGCUAUCCAGUGGACGCGUUUGGUGGAAUGUUUGCCACAUUCGCGGUAAAAGCUCAGGGCCGACAUGGGGACAUCUGUUUCAUCAAAACAGGCAAGUACGAAGGUGCAUCUCGCCGUUGUCAACGCGCCAUCCAAGCUCUGCAUGGCGUCUAUGGCGCUCGAGACUACAAUAGGAUCAUGCGGAAUAACUCGCACUGGCCGUAUGGAGUGGGAGAGACGCGGGAAGCUAAUACAAGGACGAUGCAAUCAUGGACUCAGCAUCUGUUCAAGCAGACGUGGAUGUACAUACCUAUCUACCUUCAACAUGACCUUGUACCAGAACGGCGUUUUAGCCGUGUCAGUGGACUGAUUACCACGGAGAGGUUGGUGGCAAUUCGAGAGGUGAUGGAGAAGUGUGUGGAGGCAUUGGCGAAGCCAUUGAAGGCGGGUGAGAUGCAGGAAUGGGCAUGUGGUUAUGCGAAUUUUCUGGCAAUAAUGCAUGAAAGUAGGGCGAAUAUACCUAGAGAUUGUGUGCAAGUGGCGCCUAGAAAUGACAGUCAAUCGAUGUCUGACCAUCAUGAUCGCAUCUACGGAAUGCAGAUAUGCCGAAAUAUUGACAGUGGUGUUGGAGAAAAUGGUGAAAUGCUUGAAGGCUAUGCCACGCUUACGGAUCAGGCCUAUGAAUGCGUGUGCAGGAAGGGCUACGUGUGGUCAAAAGAGACAAAAUCCUGUGUCCUGGAGGACGGCUGUGGUGGUGAAUCGAAAUGCGAUCCUCGUGGCACACGAAUGUGUGUCUCUUCGGUUGUGAAUCUACCAAAUUCCUUGAGUCUUCCUUUCGUUUGUCUCUGCUUCUCCGGUUUCAUGGGCGCUAGGUGUGAGAAACGACGUGAUGCCUGCAUUGAGGUCAGAUUUGAUAUGCUUCCAUUCCUUGCUUACUCAAGGUCAUUUGUCGACGUGGCGACUGCGUCUCAUCGCGAGAUCAACUCAGCUACGUGUGUGUUUGUCAGAUGGGUUGGCGUGGACGACAUUGUGACACUCCCGACAUUCGCAUGUGGUUAG